GUUGGAGUCUCGUAUCUUAUCGUUAUAAAAUCACUCCCAAUCACACUGACCAAAAUAAAUAAAUAAAUAAUCAUUCCGAAUCACAGCAAAUUUUCCGAUGUAUGUAUGAGCAAAUAGCAUUGGCUGUUGAAUUGGAGAUAAGAGUGAGACUGAAAAUUUUUCAUUCUCUUAAGUGACUAUCUAAUAUCUAUGCCUCCCAUACUAUUAUUCUAUCCUUCUUCUUCAUCGUACUCUUCUCUUCUAAACUCUACUUAUCUUUCAUACAACUCCACCCCAUAUUCCCAUUCUUCCUUACUCAUAUCUUCUUCCUUCAACCCAAAACCUCACCACACUAAACAAACCAAUUAUGCUUCACAUUUCAUCUCACUCAACUCCACUCAACCAAACUCAAACGCAGACUCCAAGCUUCCAUUGGAGUCCACUUCGCGCCCCACCUCCAUUAAAAUGCCCACACCUCCAUGGAUGCACGGUCCUCUCCUUGUUGAGCCCCACGAUGUCGUCGACCUCUCGAAAUCGGAAAACGGCAAGAGGGUCAAGCCUGAAAGGUCCAGUGGCGAGCUCACUGAUAAGUUGGUUGGUCGUAGAGGGAAGAAUGCCAUUAAGAAAAUCGCCAGGAAGAUUCAAAAGCUUGGGGAGAAAGUUGAUAUGGAAGAAACCCAGAAAGGUUCUGAGGAACUGGGAAUUGGGGGUUAUUUGAAACGACUUGGCGAGGCAGGGGAUUCGGAAAUGCGCCGGAAAGUGCCAUGGGAGAAGGAUGAGAGCUUUGUCUUUAGGAGAAUGAAGAAAGAAAAAACUGUUACUGCUGCGGAAUUGAGCCUUGAAAAAGAGUUGCUUGAAAGGUUGAGAAGUGAGGCUUACAAGAUGAGGGAAUGGGUGAAAGUCAAGAAAGCUGGGGUGACUCAAGCUGUUGUGGAUGAUAUUAAGUUUACAUGGAUAAAAAAUGAGCUUGCCAUGGUGAAAUUUGAUAUCCCUUUGUGCCGGAACAUGGAUAGAGCUCAAGAAAUUCUUGAGCUGAAGACAGGAGGAUUGGUUGUAUGGAGAAGAAAAGAUACUCUUGUUAUUUAUAGGGGCUGUAACUAUCUUUCAACUUCAGAAACCAACCCGAAAAUGUAUCCUAGCUUUUCUGGUUAUCAGGCAUCUGCAGAUCAUGGUCUCAUGAACAUGAGAAAAGGGAACCAUUUUAAGGUCAUCUCAAAAGAAACUAUCGUAAAUGGAAAGUUGAGCUUUAAAAGUGUUAAAGUGAAGUCUGAACCUACUUUUGUUUUCGAAAAUGAUAUCGAUUUCCAACCAAAUAGUUCACUGUAUGAGAGGGAAACUGAUAGAUUAUUGGAUGGCCUUGGACCUCGCUUUGUUGACUGGUGGAUGCACAAGCCUUUGCCGGUAGAUGCAGACCUACUUCCCGAAGUGGUUCCUGGGUUUAGGCGUCCAUCUAGACGUUCCCCACCAAAAACUAGAUCAAAACUGACAGAUGAGGAGCUAACAUACUUGAGAAGGCUUGCGAAACCUUUACCUACUCAUUUUGUCCUUGGUAGGAAUCGAAAGCUUCAAGGCCCGGCUGCUGCCAUCUUAAAAUUAUGGGAGAAAUGUCAUAUAGCAAAGAUUGCUGUGAAGUUGGGAGUUCCAAAUACUGACAACAAGCAGAUGGCGAAUGAGCUCAAGUGUCUGACAGGAGGAGAUCUUUUGCUACGCAAUAAAUUUAUUAUAAUAAUUUACAGGGGAAAAGACUUCCUACCUUGCGAAAUUGCGGAUUUAAUAUCGAAAAGAGAAAUGGAGCUUCAAAGAUGCCAACUCCAUGAAGAACAUGCACGACUGGAAGUAGUUGGGAAAUUUUGUGUAGCUGAUGAACCACAGGGAAACCCACAGUCCGCUGGAACUCUAUCAGAGUUCCAUGAUAUUCAAUUAGAGUAUAGAGACUCGGUUGAGGAAAACAGAAUGGUCAAACUUCCAUUGGAAGCUGAAAAAGAAAGAAUCGAGAGGGAAAUUAGAAAGCAAGAACGCAAGCUUUUCAUUCUUAGUAGCAAGAUAGAGAAAUCAACGAAGGACCUAUUGAAGUUGAAUGCUGCAUGGAAACCUUCUGAGAAGGAUGCUGACCAGGAAAUGCUUACUGAUGAGGAGAGGGAAUGUUUUCGGAUGAUAGGAAUGAAGAUGCACAUUGUCCUUGUGCUUGGUAGGCGUGGGAUCUUCGAUGGUGUAAUGGAAGGUCUGCAUCAGCAUUGGAAACACAGGGAAGUUGCUAAAGUAAUUACGAUGCAGAGAUUGUUUCAUCAGGUUAUGUACACAGCAAAGUUUCUUGAAGCAGAAAGUGGUGGGAUUCUGAUUUCGGUGGAGAAGCUUAAAGAAGGCUAUGCUAUUAUUAUUUACCGUGGAAAAAACUAUCAACGCCCUUUAACACUGAUAUCUGGGAAUCUUCUGACAAAAAGAAAAGCACUCCGUAGAUCUCUCGAGAUGCAGAGAAUUGGAUCACUCAAGUUUUUUGCAUACCAAAGAAAGCGGGCAAUCUCAGAUUUGAAACAGAAACUGGAUACUCUGUACGAUAACCUGAAAGCUGAAUGAACAGAACAUGAUUCCUCUUUGUUAUUCCUCAUAUUUUAUGAUUUGAAAGCAAUCAGAUUGGAAUUUCCUCUGUCAAUCACCAAGUAAGGCUUCAUCAUCUUGAAACAUUUUUAUACAAAUUUUUCUUUACUACAUUAGUUCCAUGGCAUAGAAAAUGUUUUACUAUUGCAUACAUUCCCAUCGUAUAAAUGUGACUAUCUCUAAUGUACACACAUUGUGCACGUGUAUUGAGAAAUAUUUAGCUAUGCGAUGGUCAUAAAAUCUCUCUAAUUAUGUAGCUUACAUCUCUCAAUUAAUCAAGUAAAAUAUUAAUCUUUUUAAUUCCUGAUUCCCUAUGUAUGUUUUGGGAUUUUCUUGCUGUCCUUGUAGCAUCAUUAGUUGAAGAUUUGAUAAGCAUCAUGUCAUGGAUAUGUAUCUAAAUUUUUUAGCGAAUUUGGAUCAAUGGAUCUUUUGUUACCUUGUUUUCUGCUCAUCACCUUCGUCGGUUGGGAUUCUUUGCUGUGUUUGGCCACUUUAUUGUCUUUUCUUGUUACUUAUAUUUUCUCUUGGGUAGCUGCCUUGUCUUUUUCAUCAUGUCUGAGGCUGCUGAAUCAAUCCAUCUCCUCUCACAUGCAAAUCUCAAUUGUCUACCCAUUCCAAGGUUCUUCUCUAGAAAUUGCCACAUGCAUCCUCAAUGAAAGAAAUGAUAAGCGUCCUGUAAGGUUUACCUUAUGUUACAAGAAAGAAAUUUGUUUAGAGGUAUGUGUAGAAGUGGGAAAGUGAGGUUUUUAGGGUAGUGGCGUAGCAUUGGCAAAUUGGAAAGACAGUAGAAUAUUCUGUAGCAGGGAUGUUUGAGGAGAGUGGGGUGAGGCUACUGGGGGCCUUUGGAAUAAUCUAGAAUGGUACGAGCUCUUGCUUAUUAAGAGUGUCCAAGUCUGUUGAAUGCAUGGUUUGCUCUAUCCUUUAUAUUUUGUAUUCAAUAAACUCUUAUCAAUUAUUAUUUCUCUCGAUCCCUUUGGCUGCUAUCCUAGCAGGUUGUUUCAAUUGGUAUCAUACUUUUUGAUUUCAUGUCAAACAUUAUUGGAGUCCAUGAUGAAUUGAAUUCCAUUGAGGAGGUAGUGAAAAGAAUAAAACGAAAUAGCAUUGGUGUAAUGGAGCGCUUGGAAUUUCCUUAACACUCAUCAAAGCAGCUAAGGUGAAUUUGGUGUUGAUAAUUUACCAUUUGAUUUGCCUAUGAACCAGGAAUGAAGGCUGACUAAUUAGCCAAGUAGACAACAAAUGAGUUAAAUCAUCAAUUUUAUUGUGAACACAUUAGAAAAAAUCUUUUACACAGCAUAUAUAAUGAAUUCUUUAUCACGAUAUUCUAAGCU